AUGUGGCCAAGGCCCCAACUUGUCCGGAAGUUUAAUGUUACUUGUGGCCAAGGCCCCAACCUGUCCGGGAAGUUUAACGUUACAUGUGGCCAAGGCCCCAACUUGUCCGGGGAGUUUAAUGUUACUUGUGGCCAAGGCCCCAACCUGUCCGGGAAGUUUAACGUUACAUGUGGCCAAGGCCCCAACUUGUCCGGGGAGUUUAACGUUACAUGUGGCCAAGGCCCCAACUUGUCCGGGGAGUUUAACGUUACAUGUGGCCAGGGCCCCAACUUGUCCGGGGAGUUUAACGUUACAUGUGGCCAAGGCCCCAACCUGUCCGGGGAGUUUAACGUUACAUGUGGCCAAGGCCCCAACUUGUCCGGGGAGUUUAACGUUACAUGUGGCCAAGGCCCCAACUUGUCCGGGGAGUUUAAUGUUACAUGUGGCCAAGGCCCCAACUUGUCCGGGGAGUUUAACGUUACAUGUGGCCAAGGCCCCAACUUGUCCGGGGAGUUUAACGUUACAUGUGGCCAAGGCCCCAACUUGUCCGGGGAGUUUAACGUUACAUGUGGCCAAGGCCCCAACUUGUCCGGGGAGUUUAACGUUACAUGUGGCCAAGGCCCCAACUUGUCCGGGAGUUUAACGUUACAUGUGGCCAAGGCCCCAACUUGUCCGGGGAGUUUAAUGUUACAUGUGGCCAAGGCCCCAACCUGUCCGGGGAGUUUAACGUUACAUGUGGCCAAGGCCCCAACUUGUCCGGGGAGUUUAACGUUACAUGUGGCCAAGGCCCCAACUUGUCCGGGAGUUUAA